AUGCAGCUUUCAUCCUCUCUGGAGGCGCUGGGAAUCGUGCUCCUGGAGCUGUGCUUUGGCGAGCUGCUCGAAGAGCAGCCGUACAGGACCAAGCACUUGAAUUCCGGCUGUGAUCCGAUCGAGAGGACAUUCGACGUCGCGGCAGCCAAGGAGUGGCAUGGAGAGGUCGAUGAGUAUGCUGUUGCUGUCGGGUGGUGCUUGGGUGGGAUAUUGAGUGCGCCGCCGGAUAAGUGGAAGGAGGAGAUUCUCCAGAAGGUGGUCCAUCCUCUCGAGCCUUGCCACAGACACUUGUCGCAGCGCAUAGACAUGUAA